AUGACACACCGGGAACCAAUGGCUCUCUUCCACAACUUUAUAGCCUCAAAGGAACGGGCAGUCCCGCCCCGCCCUCACAGCCUGCGCGCCUCGUGCAGCGGCUCCGCCCCGCCCCGCCCCGCCUCGCCUCGCCACGGACCGCGGUGCGUCCCGGCCGGUCACCGCUGCUCCCAUUUCCAUCGCCACGAGCCGCGGUGUGUCCUGGCUGGCCCCGCUCCCGUUCCCAUCGCCACGGGCCGCGGUGUGUCCUGGCUGGCCCCGCUCCCGUUCCCAUCGCCACGGGCCGCGGUGUGUCCUGGCUGGCCCCGCUCCCGUUCCCAUCGCCACGGGCCGCGGUGUGUCCUGGCUGGCCCCGCUCCCGUUCCCAUCGCCACGGGCCGCGGUGUGUCCUGGCUGGCCCCGCUCCCGUUCCCAUCGCCACGGGCCGCGGUGUGUCCUGGCUGGCCCCGCUCCCGUUCCCAUCGCCACGGGCCGCGGUGUGUCCUGGCUGGCCCCGCUCCCGUUCCCAUCGCCACGGGCCGCGGUGUGUCCUGGCUGGCCCCGCUCCCGUUCCCAUCGCCACGGGCCGCGGUGUGUCCUGGCUGGCCCCGCUCCCGUUCCCAUCGCCACGGGCCGCGGUGUGUCCUGGCUGGCCCCGCUCCCGUUCCCAUCGCCACGGGCCGCGGUGUGUCCUGGCUGGCCCCGCUCCCGUUCCCAUCGCCACGGGCCGCGGUGUGUCCUGGCUGGCCCCGCUCCCGUUCCCAUCGCCACGGGCCGCGGUGUGUCCUGGCUGGCCCCGCUCCCGUUCCCAUCGCCACGGGCCGCGGUGUGUCCUGGCUGGCCCCGCUCCCGUUCCCAUCGCCACGGGCCGCGGUGUGUCCUGGCUGGCCCCGCUCCCGGCGGGAACUGGAGGAGGCCGCCGCCCUGGAGCGCCGGCGGCGGCGGGAGCUGCUGCGGCGGGGCCGCAUCUUCAACGCACGGAUCCGCACCAUUGGGGUUGAUAAAGAUGCAUUGGAUGCACAGGUCAAGGAGAGGAAAAUUAAAGAAGCAGUUGAAAAAGCAGAACAUGAAAGAUUUGCUCAUGAUAUGAAGAAAAACGACAAGCUCAUGUGUCUGUUGGAAGAACGACAGAAAAAUGAAACCAAAGACUUGAAUAGGGCUCUCGUUGAAUUUCAGAAGAAUUUUCAGAAGCCGGAAACAAGACGUGAAUUUGAUCUGAAUGAUCCGCAAGCCCUAAAGAAAGACAGACCUGCUCGAGUUUCAGACGAUGAUCCUCGGUGUACUAUAUCUGGCAUGCAGAAGUUUAUGGGUGAAGACUUAAACCAUGAUCAGAGGAUGAAGUUUCAAAAGGAGCAGAUAAGGGAGUGGUCUCUUCAGCAACAGAAAGACUUGAAAAAUGCAUUAGCUGACCAAAAAUUGGCAGAUGAUCUUUAUGACAAGUUCAGGGUUGAGCUUGACCGAAAGAUUAUGGAGGAGCAGAAAAAAGAAGAGGAAAGCAGGCGUGCAGUUUGUACAGCUACUAAAAAUUUCAAUAGAAUCCAGGCUGCUGAACUAGAUCAUAAAAAUGAAUUGGAAAAGGCUCAAAAAAUAAAAGAUGACAUGGAUGAAAUUACCUGCCUCCUUCGAGGAGACUUCCUUUCUGAAAACCCUAACCAAGCAAUCGGUCCCUGGGGUAAACAUAAUGUGCUGGUGAAUCGCUGGAAAGGAAUGAAUCAGGAGCAGCUGAUGGCAAUUCGUGAAUUUCAAAAGGAGCAAGCUCUGGAGAAACUGAGAGUAAGAGAGCAGGAACGCCAAAGAGAUGCUGAAUGGGACAGACAAUGUCUACAGGCUGCAAGAGCCCAGCUGCUUUGGGAGCGGCACCAGCAGCGGCAGAAUCAGGAGCAGCGCCGAGGUUUAGAUGUCAUGAACGCAGUGCUCUCUCAGGAGCAAAAAGCAAAGAACAUUUCUCUUAAAGAGGAAGAAUAUUCAAAUAUUCCAACAGAUGAGUUUUAUGCACAGUUUAAUACAACCACCCGGUGACAAUCUGGAUAAAUCAGCCUGAAUUAUACAGAAGUAUGUAGACACAUUAAAAUUUUCAGUUGA